AUGCCACCUCCAGAACAAGCUAGUUCUUCAAAGACAUAUCGAAAUCCGACGGUAGAAGAAGACGACGAUGAUGAUGAUGAUGACUUGGAUGAUUUAGAUGAUGUACUGGCAUCAUUCGCGUCACCACAAAAAACAGUCUCAACUUCUCAACCUAUUUUACCAUCAUCACAAAGUCAACUUUCGAGUGGACCAUUAUCGUCAGCUGGAUUAGAUUCAGUCGGAGACGACCAAGACGGAGAUGAUGAAGAUUUCGAAGCUUCCUUGAUGCAAGGUAUGGAUGCUUUACUGAAACAAUUAGCCGGUGAUCAUCCACCCGGACCCAUGGCUGAUAUCCCCAAUAACUCUUCGAGCGGGAAGGCGAAUGUGGGUUCUGCAGGGGGAAAUGGGAUUGGCAAUGUGAAUGGGGGAUUGAGUAAAGAAGCAGAAGAAGAAGCUUGGCAGAAAGCUUUGGAAAUGGUUUUAUCAGGUGAAGGAUUAAAAGCUAUGGGAUUAGACGAUGAUGAUUCUUCAUCCCAUUUUACUGGUACUUCAGUGUCAGGAUCAAAUCAAUCAAAUCCGACAGAUUCAACAAGUAAUAAAACUAAACCAAGCUAUGAAGAAACGCUGAAGAAGACACUUGAUUCAUUGAAUUCAGCAGGAACCAAACCAUCAGGCUCAGGAUCAGGAUCAGGAUCAGGCUCGGGUCAACCUGAUUUAUCAGCAUUGUUAGCUUCUUUAGGAGGAGAUCCAAAUUUAUUGAAGGAUUUGAACUUGGGUGGGAUUGGCGGUGAUGGAGGAGAUGAAGAUGAUGGUGAUUUAGCAGAUGUAUUAGAAGGUAUGAUGAGUCAAUUAAUGACUAAAGAAGUGUUAGAAGAACCAAUGAAUGAAUUGGCCAGUAAAUAUCCACCUUAUUUAGCUUCUCCACCAUCUUCGAUAUCUCAAGAAGACCUAUCAAAGUAUCGUCAACAAUCGACUUUGGUUCAAAAGAUAGUGGAUACAUUCAAGAAACCAGGCUAUUCAGAUGAAAAAGAUGGGAAAGAAAUAGCUAGGUUAGUAGGUGAAAUGCAGGAUCUAGGCGGUCCUCCAAAAGAAGUAAUGGGUGAUUUGCCCGAAGGUUUUGAGCUUGGUGCUUUAGGUGGCGAAGAAGGUUGUACCAUUAUGUAG